UCUGAUUUCCUUGACUUCAUUCUUUAAUAUCAAUGUCUUAACACACAUUUAUCAAUGUGUGUUUUUAGAUACUCUACCUUAGGACAACGUAUUGAGCUAAGACCUCUUUAAAUUUCCCCUCAUGUCCGGUUCAUUAAACUUAUCUUCUCAUUUUUACCCAAAAGAAACAACCAUAAACCUAAAACUCCCACCUACACUAGUGAAAAACAAAUUGCUCCCUACUGUUGGAGGUAUUAGUCCUACCAAGGUCUUCCUUCCACUUUAUUAUUGACUUGCACCUCAUGUUUACUCCCACUUUGUUACCCCUUGUUUUGAAUCUCUCCUAACCAAUAAUAUGGCCAUUUUGACUUAUGUGGAGUGACCCCUUUGAGCUGUCUGCUGCAGUACCUAUCAAAUCCAAUAAUAUCCAAACACCCAACAAGAUUCAAGUGUCAACACAAUAUGACUAUAGUUCUAAACGAGCUAUCACAAGGGUGCAGCUCCUCUCCAUUUAUUUCUCUCUAUUUCCCCUUCAUUUCUUUUUUACUUCUUAUAUCUCUCUACCUUUUUCUCUAUCUUACUCACCAACCUACCCCACCCUAAAUCUUCUCCUCUCUAUCUCUCUCCAAAUGGAACUCUCCGGUACUGGAGAAGAUCCAAAUUCGUAUCACAAGGCAUGGCACAUUCAUCGGAUAUAAUUGGCAUGUUUGAUUAUUGUUUAUGUGUUUUAUUCUUUUAGCUAGUUUUUUUUUAUCAAUAAUGCCAAUUGUGGUUUGAUGUUGACUACGUUUCCUUUUGGAUUGUUUUCACUCCCAUAAUAGACCACACCAGAUCAGACUAGACCAGACUUUCUUAAUUAUAAAAUACACGGAGAUCAAACAUAUACCAGACCAAAUCAAACCAGUUCAGACCAGAUCAAACUAGACAAGACUUGAUCAGACCAGACUAGAUCAGACCGGACGAGUAAAUUUCAG